UCACCCGCGCGAGCUGGGCCUCGCCGUGCUGCUCCUCCCUCGGCCGGCUCGGGCGGCAGCUCGGGCCCGGGAGCGUGUUGGCGGGCGGUGCCGCUGGGCCCUGCUCGGCUCUUUGGCGUGGACGCCGGAAGAAGAAUACAUGUUCACCUUCAGUGAACAAGAGCAUGUUCCCAAACUCCAUUUUGGGUCGUCCACCCUUCACCCCAAACCACCAACAGCAUAAUAAUUUCUUUGCUCUCUCACCAACUCUUUAUUCACACCAGCAACUUAUUGAUGCACAAUACAACUUUCAAAAUGUAGACUUGUCUAGAGCGGUGACCUUACAGCCCCUGGCAUAUGGAGCUGUCAGUCCAAUACAGACCUCGACAUCCCCAUUAUUUCGAGGAAGGAAGAGAAUUAGCGAUGAAAAAAACUUUCCUCUUGAUGGUAAACGGCAGCGUUUCCAUUCACCCCACCAAGAGCCAACUAUAAUUAACCAGAUAGUGCCUUUAUCAGGUGACCGAAGAUAUUCCAUGCCGCCAUUGUUUCACACACACUAUGUACCAGAUAUAGUAAGAUGUGUUCCACCUCUUCGAGAAAUUCCACUAUUAGAACCUAGAGAAAUCACACUGCCUGAGGCCAAAGAUAAGUUGAGUCAGCAGAUACUAGAGUUGUUUGAAACUUGUCAGCAGCAGAUGAGUGACUUGAAGAAGAAAGAACUCUGUAGAGCCCAGCUGCAGAGAGAGAUCCAGCUGCUAUUCCCACGUACGUCUGCCUACUGUGCAUGCUUUUCCUGGCUGUACAUUCCAGUUUACAGAUGCACUGUUAGUUUCUUACUGCUUUCUUCUGCUCCUCUAGAAAGCAGACUUUUCUUAGUUGGAUCAUCUUUAAAUGGAUUUGGUGCCCGGAGCAGUGAUGGCGAUUUAUGCUUAGUUGUUAAAGAAGAACCAUGUUUUUUUCAGGUCAAUCAGAAGACUGAAGCACGCCAUAUACUCACCUUAGUCUAUAAGCACUUCUGUACUAGACUGUCUGGCUACAUUGAAAGACCUCAGCUGAUUCGUGCAAAAGUGCCAAUUGUGAAGUUCAGGGAUAAAGUCAGUUGUGUGGAAUUUGACUUAAAUGUAAACAAUACCGUUGGAAUUAGAAACACAUUCCUUCUCAGAACGUAUGCCUACCUUGAAAAUCGAGUUCGUCCAUUAGUGCUGGUGAUUAAGAAAUGGGCAAAUCACCAUGAGAUAAAUGAUGCCAGUCGUGGUACUUUGAGCAGCUACAGUCUUGUAUUGAUGGUUUUGCACUACUUACAAACCCUACCUGAACCCAUCCUUCCAUCCCUCCAAAAAAUUUACCCAGAAUCUUUUAGUACUUCUGUACAGCUGCACCUUGUACAUCAUGCUCCAUGUAAUAUUCCUCCUUACCUCUCAAAGAAUGAAUCAAGUCUUGGGGACCUCUUACUGGGCUUUCUUAAAUAUUAUGCUACAGAAUUUGACUGGAACACUCAGAUGAUUUCAGUUCGUGAAGCCAAAGCCAUCCCAAGACCUGAUGAUAUUGAAUGGAGAAAUAAAUACAUCUGUGUUGAAGAACCAUUUGAUGGAACUAAUACCGCCAGAGCUGUGCAUGAAAAGCAGAAGUUUGAUAUGAUCAAGGAUCAGUUUUUAAAGUCAUGGCACAGAUUGAAAAACAAGAAAGAUCUGAACAGUGUUCUGCCUUUGAGGGCUGCUACCCUGAAGAGAUAGCUGGCCUCUAAUUCUUAAAUUCUUCCAAGAAAUAAAGAACAAUAGUUAUAUCAUAAUGCAUUUGUUUACCUCCAUCAUGGUUUAUUUUUAAUGUUGUUAUUGUUUUUGUUUUAUUUUUAAAAGGACAUACUUAUAUAAAGAUUGCAUAUUUUAUUAUGACAUUUCCUAAUAAACUGUUUGAUUUAAAAAUGUAUUUUUGAAAAUGUUUACAUUGAUGAUUAGUAGUACUAUGGCAUGACUUUUCAGCAUAAAGUAUAUUUUGAGAAAUUACCUGAACUAAUAAGGUUUUGAUAUAAUUUUGGGUAAUUGUACCACAUGCUAAUACUGAAGAACCAUGUGGAAUUUUGCAAAGGAUCUAAGUAAUACAUAUUUACAGUGUAACCGGCAGUAGACAUUUGUCUAGCUCAGUUCUAGUCAAGGGAAGAUUCAAGUCAGUUAUUCAGUUACUUGAAGCAAAUGAAAUUUUUCAUUCAGUGGCAUCACUGUGGAGUCUUGAAAUGCUGGACGAUUGCCUUAAGUCUUCACUUGAGUCCCUGGGCCAGCCUGUCUUUGACAUGUGUCUGCACUGGUGUUCCAUUAGCACGUCACACCUUGCUUUGAUAGACUCUGGAGGUUGCUUUGGAUUGGUGUUGAAACAAUACAUUUUGCACUGUUGCAGCAGAGCACUAACAGCAGUUAGUGACUUGCUUACUGAACUGUUAGAAAGUCUCUGACUUAGACACUUUGGAAAAAUGAAGUUUCCUAUGCUUUCUGAUAGCAUAGUGCAGUGUGCACUGUUGCUUUACCUCCGUUUUCCUGAUGUUAUUUUCUUCAUGAUAGAAAACAGCAGAAAACUGAAACAUCAAAGUUAAGAUUAUAUCCUAUUUGUAGAAUCAGAUUUCUGUGGAUUAUAAUCUAAACUGGAAUUUUUAGGCACUAAGCCACUACAAAGUGUUUUAGAUAAGACAAUAAAAUUAUAAAUAAAAGUUUAAUGUUUAUACAAAAUUCUUUUUUAAUAUUUCUUUUCCACAUAAAAUAGUAGCUUCAGAUACAAGCUAUUCUGUUUAUUAAGACUGUUUUUAGUUUAUGUAAAUAUUUGUAAAUUGGUCAGUACCUGUAAAUUUAAAUAAAAGUAAUCUUGAAGACAGUUUUAACUUUUUCAAAGAUUGCAAACUUCUUGUAGGCCUGUGGUGGCACAGUUUGUACCACUAAACCAUUUUUUUGCAGACCAAUUAAAAAACUAAGCAUUCACUUUCUUUGACUUAUAAAGGGUGCGUACUUUGUUUUUAAGUUUAAAUUUUUGUAUGCUAUCAAAUGGAAUAAAGUUUAUAUCUGGAAA